AUUUACCUUUGAAUCCGCAAGCGCUCGGCUAUCUUGCGAAGCACACAAAUCUUAAUGAAGUUUCACGCAUGGAUGUACCCCUGAAAGCACCACCCAAGUCCAGACUCAGAACACAUCAUGGCCCCCAAAAGGCUCCUUUGCGACCCCCAAAGUGCCAGCUCGGGCCUCCCCCACCAUCCAUCAGCGAUGCCGGGCCUGGGCUUCACACAGCCGCUCAGACAACUUUGUGUCCAGCGGACGCUGCCCGCGUGAGGCCCGACGCCAGCAGGAGCUCCCAGCCCGUGUGAACUUCUCAGCUGCCCCGGUGCCCGCGCCCGCAGCGCCCACGGCCCUGCUCUCCAAGAUGGACGAGCUGGAGGGGCAGCUGCUGGCCAAGGUGCUGGCCCUGGAGAAGGAGCGUGCCGCCCUCAGUCACAGCAGCCACAGGCAGCGGCAGGAGGUGGAGAAGGAGCUGGACGCCCUGCAGGACCGCGUGGCCGAGCUGGAGCACGGACCCUCAGCCUACAGCCCCCCAGACGCCUUCAAGGUCAGCAUCCCCAUCCGCAACAACUACAUGUACGCCCGCCUGCGGAGAGUGCUGCCUGAGCUCCACGCCUUCACCGUCUGCACGUGGCUGCGGUCCAGGUCGGGCGGCACCGGCCAGGGCACCCCUUUCUCCUACUCGGUGCCCGGACAGGCCAACGAGAUCGUGCUGCUGGAGGCGGGCAACGACCCCAUGGAGCUGCUGAUCAAUGACAAGGUGGCCCAGCUGCCCCUGAGUCUGAAGGACAACAGCUGGCACCACAUCUGCAUUGCCUGGACCACAAGGGAUGGCCUGUGGUCUGCCUACCAGGACGGGGAGCUGCGGGGUUCUGGUGAGAACCUGGCUGCCUGGCACCCCAUCAAGCCUCAUGGGAUCCUUAUCCUGGGCCAGGAGCAGGACACCCUGGGUGGCCGGUUUGAUGCCACGCAAGCCUUCGUGGGCGACAUUGCCCAGUUUAACCUGUGGGACCACAUCCUGACACCUACCCAGGUCCUGGGCAUUGCCAACUGUACGGGGCCGCUACUGGGCAACGUCCUGCCCUGGGAAGACAAGCUGGUGGAGGCUUUCGGGGGUGCAAAGAAGGCCCCCUUUGAUGUCUGCAAGGGGAGGGCCAAGGCAUGAGGGGCUACCUCAUGCAGGGCCCCCCUUUGUCUGGCAAUUUGGGGCCUUUGGGGGGCAUGCUCCCCCCUCAGCCUACCCACGCUCUGUCCUGCCCCACUCCUGGUCCUACCUCCCCCCCUCCCCCCCACAAUCCCAGGAUGCCCAGCCCUGCAGUGGCUGGCCCCCCAUCCCACUGGGGUAGGGACAAGCAGCUCCAGCCAACACAUCAAGGCUGGGCUGAGUCCAGGGCCAGGGUGGGGCGGCUAGCAGUGCUCACAGCUCUGUCCACCUCCUGGCAUUACACUGGGGCCAUCUCUCAGCCCAACCUGCCUUGCCAGGCAGCCCUAUCUGGUUCCACUGACUUCAACAGCGUCUGCCAUGGGAUUGCAUUUGGGGCGAGGGCUGUGAGCCCAGCGCCAGGGCGGCCUUCCUGCAUCUUUCCACCAGCUGCCAGUCAAGGGCAGCAGGAUCUUGGUGGAGCCUCUACCCACCUUCCCACCCCUGCCCACAGCCUGCCUCUCCCUCCUCUCUCUGCUCGUGGUUUGAAUGUUGGCUCCAUGUGUGGCUGGCCCCACCUCAUUUUCUAGGACAUUCCUUUUCCAGCUCCAGCCUGGAGCAUUAGGGACCAAGGCCCCACCAGGUCAAAAGGCCAUUGUCCCCCCUUGUGCCCACCGGCAGCUGUGUCUUCUGGGGCACAGCCCUGCUCCAUGCGCAGACAGGGCCUGGGCCACUUCCGCUUGGGCUGGGAGAGCAUGAGGCAGAAGCGCUGCCCCAGGGGACCCAGACUCUGGCAGAGCUCCCCGCUAAGGGCUGUAGCCUCUGGGGAAGGAAGAAGCUGGGUGGGCAGGAAGAAACAUGGGGUGACGUGCAGAAUGCUGGGUGAGGAGGAGGAGUCCUUGGUUCCCAGCUAGCCCCGCCCCAAGCCUGCCGGGUGGCCUGCUCAAGUCCCCACUUUGGCCGGCGCCCCCCUUUAUGGGCUGAGGCCCUUGCUUUGGGGUCUGAGCAUUCCAGAUCAGAUGUGCGGCAGGCGUGGCUCUGGAACAAUGGGGGAGGCAAACCUGAGGGUCCAGGGUGCCCCAGGGGCAUAACGGGGCAGCACAUGGGUCUGGCUGGGCAAAGGUCAGGGGCAGCAGCUGGCUUUAGAGAGCCAGAGGCAGAGCGAGACCCCCUGGGACACAGGUCUGAAAAACCUGCUCUGCUAGGUCCCUCCGCCCAGCACCCCGCCAGAGGCCAGAGUGCACCAAUGAGAGGGAGGGAGGGCAGGUGUGACCCGCGGGUGCUGCUGCAGGAAUGGGGUCUAAGGGCGCAGGUGUUCUGCGCCCCACCAGUCGCCUACAGGUGCCGGGGCAGCUGCAGGUUACCUGACUCAGUGGGACGGGGGCGGCUUCUGCCCCUCUCCCAUUUCGCUCCCUGGCUCAGCUCCCAUGGCCGCUUAGCCCGAGGCAGGACAUAAGCGCUCUGGCCGUGGGCCCAGAGCCAGGGAGGCAGCGCCAAGCCUUGUUGCUCCAGCCCGACCCUUGUUCCCAUUUGAAACGCACAGACAGACCCCUCGGCACCUCUGCCAGCCCCCCCCCCAGAAGCCACCUGCCUCAGCCAGAGGUCUGGGUUGCCCGGGUAACCGCCAGCACCAUCAGCCUAACGCUGGGUCAAGCAUCGUGGAAUGACAUGCAGUUGCUGGGGUGACAGCAGAAUUCAGAACUUAGAUUCUGGGGACACAGGGCGUGACUGGGUUCUGUUGCUUUCUUUAAGGGGGCUGCUUUGGGGACUGCGCGACGCUGGGGGGAAACAGGGGCCUUUCUCGGGGGGAGGGGCACAGCUUGCUCGGCCACUGAGCCUAGCUGAGGCCUCACCCCACCUUUAAGCUUUGUCAUGGUGACACAGACCUCUGAAGUGCAGCCUGGCUCCCGUGCUGAGUCACCCUGGCCGGGCUACGGAGGGCACAAACUGGGAGCGAGGGGCACAGGCACCCAGUCGGGGCUUUGGGCAGGCGGCCAGGGCCCCUGCCCCCCGCCCCGGUGUCCUGCGCCCUCGCUGUUGGGACCAGCUCUGCGCCUCCUGCUGCUGCCCGCACAGCCAGGGCGAGAGGAGGGGCCGACACAGGGCUCAGACGUGGCCAGCCGCUCCCGGCCCGUCACGACGCCAGGGCGCGUCGGCACUGCGGGCUCACAGUCCACGCGUCCUCACAACGCUGGACAAGCGAGCGGCUCAGUGACCUGCCCAGGGUCAGCCGGCUGGGGGGUGGCACCAGGGCUCAAACCAAGGCUUGCGCUGGGGCCUGGCUCGGCCGGGGGUGGGCACCUCUCCUGGGUGGGCCCCACUCACCACCCUCCGGGGGCCUGUGGCCACGCCAGGGGCGGCGAGCCAUUCUCCACAGAGCGCCCAGUGAUUCAUCCUGUCCCGGGAGCCGGAGGAGGGUGGAAAGGGAGGAGGCCGCCGGGAAGCCGUGCAGGGGAGGGAUGGAGUGAGUUGGAGAUUUCUCAGACUCCUGCUUUGGUCCAGCCCCAAGCCAGGUGCUUCACAGCUCUUACCUGCCAGAUUUUUCUCCUUUGUGGCACCUUGUGCCCCCAACUAACGCCCCAAAGUGACGGGUCCCCGUGCCACAGCUGGGUGUGAGCCGGGAGCACAGACCGAGGCAGGAAGACUCCGGGCAGGGCCCAGAGGCGAGGCCCAGAGCGGGCGAGCGACCCUCAGGGCCGCCCCACCAGGAAGCGGGGCCCUCGGCGCCCACCCAGCGACUCCGCGUUCCUGCCCCACGGCACGUGGACCGGCCCCCCACACCCGGUCCCUCCUCUAAGCGCCCUGCAACCCUGCCCUGAGCAAACUGGGGAAGGGGCCGAUCCCAGACGGGGGUUACCUCCUUCACCCCUUGGGCCCAGCUGCCUGCCCCGCCAGACCCGCCCAGCCCGCCCCUGCUGGGUGGAAAGGGGCUCUGGUGGACCCAGACUGGACAGGGGGAGUCCUCGGACACUGUGAAAUUGGCGCAUCCUGUGGCCGCCCACCCCCACCCUUCACUCACCUGAUUUUGUACAUAGAAGUGACAUGAGAUGUGACGUGUGUGUGAACGAUGUGUCAUGGUUUUUGUUACCUUUUUGUUUUUGUAAGUUUGAACGUUCAAAAUAAACAUGAUGUU